AUGGAAAACGCAUACGCCAGAUCCACCUCGGACGUGUUGAGCUUUUUCUCGGUGUCCGAGACUCAAGGAUUGACCGAGUCGCAAGUCGCAGCCUCAAGGGAAAAGCAUGGUCGUAAUGCGAUCGCAGAAGAUCCUCCGACUCCCAUCUGGAAGCUGAUCCUCGAACAAUUCAAAGACCAGCUUGUCAUAAUCCUGCUAGGGUCUGCCGCCAUUUCUUUCGUCCUAGCUCUUUUAGAAGAAGGUGAGGGCUGGACAGCUUUCGUUGACCCUGCGGUUAUUCUCACCAUUCUGAUCCUGAACGCCGUCGUUGGUGUAUCCCAAGAAAGCAGCGCCGAAAAAGCUAUUGCCGCCCUCCAAGAAUACUCCGCGAACGAGGCCAAGGUUAUCCGAGAUGGCAAAAUCACACGUAUUCGAGCCGAGGAGCUGGUCCCUGGAGACAUCAUCUCAGUCUCUGUUGGAGACAGGAUUCCCGCAGACUGCAGGUUGUUAGAAAUCCAGAGCAACAGCUUCAACGUUGACCAGGCAAUCCUCACCGGAGAGAGCGAGAGUGUUGGAAAGGAUACCGCACCAGUCACCGAUUCGAAAGCUGUGAAGCAGGAUCAGAUCAACAUCCUGUUCUCCGGGACAACAGUGGUUACUGGACAUGCUACUGCGAUUGUUGCCCUGACUGGAUCCUCCACGGCCAUAGGAGACAUUCAUGAGAGCAUCGCAGCUCAGAUCUCGGAGCCCACGCCUUUGAAGCAAAAACUAAACGAUUUUGGAGACACCUUGGCAAAGGUGAUUUCGAUCAUUUGCAUUGUUGUCUGGCUUAUCAACAUUCCUCAUUUCAAUGAUCCAUCUCACGGGAGCUGGGCAAAGGGCGCGAUCUACUAUCUCAAAAUCGCGGUCUCUCUCGGUGUUGCAGCUAUCCCCGAAGGUUUGGCUGUCGUCAUCACCACAUGUCUCGCUCUUGGUACCAGAAAGAUGGCUGCCAAGAAUGCGGUCGUCCGAAGCUUGCCUUCAGUCGAGACUCUUGGCAGUUGCAGUGUCAUCUGUUCUGACAAGACCGGUACCCUAACCACCAACCAGAUGAGUGUUAACAAAGUUGUCUACGUUAACGAGGCCGGCAACGAUUUGGAGGAGCUAGAUGUUGAGGGAACCACAUUUGCUCCUCAGGGAAGCAUCAAAUCAAAUGGCUCAGUCGUCUCCAAUGUCGCAUCUUCAUCGAGCACUGUAUUCCAAAUGGCUGAAGUAGCAGCGCUCUGUAAUGAUGCCCAGCUCGCCUUUGACGCAAAAGCAGGUACUUACUCCAAUGUUGGUGAGCCUACGGAAGGAGCCCUCCGCGUUCUUGUUGAAAAAAUCGGUACCAAAGACGCUGCCCAAAACCAGAGGCGGGCGGGUGCCGCUGCGCAGGAAACUCUUCAUCUUCACAGCUCCUGGUACGAGGCCAGAGCUCCUCGUCUUGCCACCUAUGAAUUUUCACGGGACAGGAAGAGCAUGUCAGUUCUUGUCGGUGACAAGAGCCAGCAAAAGCUUCUCGUCAAGGGUGCUCCUGAGAGCAUCAUUGACCGCUGCACCCAUACCUUGGUAGGAGCGAAUGGCAAGAGGGUCCCCAUGUCUAAGAGCCUUACGGAUCUUCUCUUGAAGGAGGUCGUGGACUACGGAAACAGAGGUCUUCGUGUGAUUGCUCUCGCCAGCGUUGAAGAUGUUGCCUCGAACCCGCUUCUGAAGACUGCCAAGUCUACCGCUCAAUACACCCAACUCGAACAAAACCUAACUCUCCUCGGUCUCGUUGGAAUGCUUGACCCUCCCCGCCCAGAAGUUGCCGGAUCCAUCAGGAAGUGCAAGGAAGCCGGCAUCAGAGUCAUCGUUAUUACUGGAGACAAUCGCAACACCGCUGAGACCAUCUGUCGCCAAAUCGGCGUCUUUGGCGAAUACGAAGAUAUCAAGGGCAAGUCCUACACUGGGCGCGAAUUCGACAAUCUCAGCGAAAACGAAAAACUGGAAGCUGCAAAGCGGGCAUGUCUAUUCUCCCGAGUUGAGCCAAGCCACAAGUCCAAGCUUGUCGAUCUCCUCCAGUCAGCCGGAGAGGUCGUCGCCAUGACUGGUGACGGUGUCAACGAUGCCCCGGCCUUGAAGAAAGCCGAUAUUGGUGUCGCCAUGGGAUCUGGAACCGAUGUUGCUAAGCUCGCCUCCGACAUGGUUCUCGCCGACGACAACUUUGCAACCAUCGAAGUCGCCAUCGAGGAAGGCCGCUCCAUCUACAACAACACCCAGCAAUUCAUCCGGUACCUGAUCUCUUCCAACAUCGGAGAAGUCGUGUCUAUAUUCCUGACUGCCGCCGUUGGCAUGCCAGAAGCUCUGAUCCCAGUCCAACUGCUCUGGGUGAACCUCGUUACUGAUGGUCUCCCCGCCACCGCUCUCUCCUUUAACCCUCCCGAUCACGACAUCAUGAGACGCGCUCCCAGAAAGCGUGACGAGCGCCUCAUCGGCGGCUGGCUGUUCUUCCGCUAUAUGGUCAUCGGCGUCUACGUCGGUCUCGCGACGGUCGCUGGCUACGCCUGGUGGUUCAUGUACAACAGCGAAGGACCCCAGAUCUCCUUCUACCAAUUGUCUCACUUCCAUCGCUGCCCAACCUCAUUUCCGGAGCUUGGAUGUAGCAUGUUCUCUAAUGACAUGGCGAAGUCGGCUUCCACAGUCUCGCUGUCUAUCUUGGUCGUGAUCGAGAUGCUCAACGCUAUGAACGCCCUUUCGUCAAGCGAAUCCCUCUUGACUCUCCCAUUGUGGGAUAACAUGAUGCUCGUGUACGCCAUUUGUCUGUCGAUGGCCUUGCAUUUUGCACUUCUCUACACACCUAUACUGCAGACCCUGUUCUCGAUCUUACCCCUGAACUGGAAUGAGUGGAAGGCUGUCUUGGUUAUCAGUUCACCCGUCAUUUUCAUUGACGAAGGACUGAAAUUUGUCGAGAGACAGCUUUUCUCCCAUACCACAGACGUCGCCCAGAAACCUAGAGCCAAGAAAGAGUAG